AUGGAGUUACUUCAAAUUGAAGUUCUAGAUGAUAAGAUUAAAGCAAAAGAAAUGAUUUUGAAUAAGGCAUGGGUCAAAGUAAAAGAUCGUUCAUCUAUUGAUUAUGUAAAUGGUGUUGAUGAGUUUCUAAAUUUUGCCCUUUCCAAAGUAAGAGAAGAUGAUCGAGAUAGUACUACUAUUAGGUGCCCUUGUAAUAGUUGUCGAAAUAUAUUUCUUAAAACAAAAUGUGAUGUAAGAUUCGACUUGCUUAAGGGAGGAAUGUAUGAGAAGUACACUUUUUGGGAACUUCACGGGGAACAAUUAGUUGAAUCAAGUGAUGGGGAUGAUGUUGAUGAGUCGAAUGACAUUGAUAGUGGUUUCACAAUGUUGCAAGAUGUAUGUGGAGUUGGUGCUAUGAAUGUUGGCAGUGCUGAAGAGGCUUUAAAUAAUGUUGAGGAGUAUGAGAAACCUAAUGCAAAUGCAAAAAAGUUUUUCAAACUUUUAGAGGAGUACCAAGAACCAUUAACAAUGCAUGGCACAACAAUGUCUAAGUUGUCAUAUAUUCUUCCAACUUCUUAUUACGAGGCUAAUAAGAAACUCAUCAAAGACUUGGGCCUUGAUUAUUAUAAGAUUGAUGCUUGUGAAAAUGAUUGUAUUCUUUAUUGGAAAGAGCAUGAAAAAUUGAUUGAGUGUCCCACUUGUGGUUUAUCAAGGUGGAAGCAAGAAAAGGAAGGCUCUUCUAAGGGGGUAAAGGUUUCUAGAAAAGUGCUAAGAUAUUUUCAAUUGAAGCCUAGGCUACAAAGGUUGUACAUGUGUAAAAAGACAUCCAAAGACAUGCGUUGGCACAAAGAAAGGGAUGCUACUAAAACAUAUAGAGUGAAUGAUUGUGAUAAGAUUAUAAAUGAUGAUGCCCUUUCUAGGGAAGAGGAGGAUGAUACCUUUUUGGAGGAUGACAAUGCGAGUGCGGUGGAUGAUACAAUGAGACAUCCAUCUGACUCCUUUGCAUGGAAAUCAUUUGAUGAAGAGUAUAGUGAAUUUGCUAAAGAGGUGCGAAAUGUUAGACUUGGACUAGCUUGUGAUGGCUUUCAGCCUUUCAAUAAUUCACAACAUAGCAUAUGGCCAGUGGUUCUUAUCCCUAAUAAUUUUCCUCCUUGGUUAUGCAUGAAACCUUAUUCAUUUAUGCUAUCUUUACUAGUACCAGGUCUAACAAGUCCUGGAAUUAAUAUGGACGUCUACCUCCAACCACUUAUUGAGGAGUUGAAGGAGCUUUGGGAGGUUGGUGUUGAAACCUAUAAUGCUUACUCUAAAACAAAUUUCAUCUUGCGUGCAUCACUACUGUGGACUAUCAAUGACUUUCUUGCGUAUGCAGAUUUGUCUGGAUGGUCUACCAAAGGUUAUUACGCUUGUCCAUGUUGUCAUAAGGAAACUAAACGGACUUCGUUGAUGCAUAAGGGUGGUUAUUUAGGGCAUCGACGUUGGCUUCCAAUGAAUCAUAAGUGGAGAAAUGAUGCCAAUUCUUUUGACGGUAAAAUUGAAAAAGGUGUUGCACCAGUUCCAUUGAGUGGGGAUGAUGUAUUACAACAUUACAGCCGAUUCUCACAAGCAAAAUAUGGGAAGAUUAUAGGGAACAAAAGAAAAAGGGAUGCUUCUAAUAGCUUGUUUGGGUGGAAAAAGAAAAGCAUUUUCUUUACCUUGACUUAUUGGAGGAAAUUAAAAAUUCAUCAUAACUUGGAUAUUAUGCAUAUUGAGAAAAAUGUCUCUGAUAAUAUCUUGGGUACUUUAAUGAGCAUACAAGGCAAAAACAAAGAUACUUUGAAGGCUCGAUUAGAUUUGGUGAAGAUGAAAAUCAGAGAUAAGUUGCAUCCUAAAGUGGUUGAUGGUAAGGUGCGUAUUCUUAUUACUAUAUAUACAUUGAGGUCAGAUGCCAAGGUUGCCAUAUGUCGUAUGUUUGCAAAAAUGAAAUCUCCCGAUGGAUAUCUAUCAAACAUUUCUCGUUGUGUUAAAGAUAAUGGAAAAAAGAUAUCAUGUUUGAAGAGCCAUGACCAUCAUGUUUUUAUUGAGCAGUUGCUUCCCCUUGCACUUCGUGGGUUUUUACCUAAAGAGAUUUAUGACCCUUUGGUUGAACUAAGUUUUUUUUUUCGAGACCUUUGCUCUAAAAACAUAAGUGUUGGUCAAUUAGAAGAACUUGAAAAAAAAAAUUCCUUACACCUUAUGCAAGUUGGAAAUGAUAUUUCCACCGGCUUUUUUGAUGUUAUGGUGCAUUUAGUUGUACAUCUGGCAACUGAGGCAAAAAUUGCUGGACCAGUUCGAUAUCGGUGGAUAUAUCCUAUUGAGAGUUAUACUUUUUCUUUAAGAAAUAUACUCAUGUAUCUCCGAACAUUAAAAUCAUAUAUUCGAAAUCGAGCACAUCCAGAAGGUUGCAUUGCUGAAGGUUAUUUGGCAGAUGAGUGCUUAACAUUCUGCUCUAGGUACAUGAGUGACAUUGACACUAAAUUCAAUCGCAAAGAAAGAAAUGACGAUGAAGAUAUAGAAGAGGAUACCUUAAAAUCAAACCUUGAGAUUUUUAGACCACUUGGACAUACCAUUGGGGGGGAGUACACCAAAACAUCUAGAUCAUCUAGAGUAAAAAGUAAGUUGGAAUUGGAGAAGGAAUGUCUAAGAAAUGUAGAACGGAGGCACAAAGAACAAUUUUCCAAAUGGAUACAAAAUCAAGUACAAAAAAUUUAUAAACUUGGACACUGUGAUAAAGACUUGUACAAUUUGGUUUGUGGUCCUUCUAGAGUUGUAGGGCAUUACACAGCAUAUAUUGUAAAUGGUUUUCGUUUCCACACCAGUGAUAGGUCAGAAAAUAGGGAAACACAAAAUUCAGGUGUCAUGGUGCGUGGUGAUGAUGCUUCAGAUAAGGAAUACUAUGGCAUUUUGAGAGACAUAUAUCAAAUGCGUUAUCCUGGAGAAAAUCAUGUAUUUGUGUUCAAAUGCAGUUGGUUUGAUGUAGAAAACCUUGGUAGAGGGUAUAAGGUAGAUGAGCAUGGUUUGUCUAGUGUGAAUAACAAUAGACUUUUAAAGUCGGAUGAUGUGUUUGUGCUAGAAUCCCAAGUGGAUCAAGUAUUUUACAUAGAAGAUGAAAACAAUGAGAAUUGGGAAUUUGUUAUAAAAGCAAAACCAAGGGAUUUGUAUAAUAUGAGUGGUAGUGAUCUAGGUAAGGAGGGUAUAGAUGUAGAUGCCUUUCAACAAGUAGAGGUGGAAGCUAAUAUUGAAGCUGAAUGUACUAAUUGCGUACAUACUGACAAUUUCAGAGUUAGUUCGUCGUUGGCUACAAAUACGUUUAUGGAUUACAAAGGAGAACAUGAAGUGCAAAUGGUUACACAAAUAUUGGAAGAUGACAAUUUCAUUAAUGAUGGUGAAAUUGAAGUCUUUGAGGAAUCGAGUGAAGUUGAAGAAGAAAUUUGA